AUGGAUUACACGACAAGCUAUCAGCCGACAACCCAACCAGCCAUAAUAAUUAGAUGCUCACCACUGCUCACUAGACCACACGAUACGAAGCAAUACAUACAAUACCCUAACAUAGAUCUAUCUGAGUGGCGCGAUCACAGAGUCCUGGCUAAACAUCGUGGGUUAUACCUACCGGGGGUAAUACGGCAGGCUGAUGGAUGUAAAGUCACAGUGGAGUUAGAUGGACAGGACAUUGAACCUAUAGAGUACAGUGAUUUGUUCGGUGUCAAUAGAUAUGACGUCAUCAGUGACGCGAGCCCCCAGCUCAGUCAUCUGCCGGUGGGGUCUGCGUGCGUCUUCAAGACAACAGACCCGAACAGAGAUGGGGGGCAUAACGUGUUCAUCGAGGGUGAAGUGUUCGAAGUUAAUAAUUCUCCCAUCAGGAUUCGCGUUAAGGUCAUAGAGGGCGACACUUGUAAGGAGGUGGUUGAGGUAAAGCGUGCUGAUAUUCGUCUUCGUCAACCUCCGUGGGCCGACGAGCUGGAAGACGCCGGCUCUCACGCACCAACUGUUCCACAUAUGAGGCAGCAGUGCGUCUCUGUACCGUACUCUAUGGGUGAUCACUUCGCGACGUCGUCUCCUAUGCCGGGCGCGUCCCACGUGUCGGUGUCGCUGUCAGCUGGGGCGCGACCCUUCGACGACUACGGCAGUGAUGACGACCUGCCCAGCGAGAACAUUAUGUUCCCCACUGACGCCUCGCAUAUGGAUUGUAAUAACAGUAAGAGGAGCAGUCUACAGAGCAGAGGCAGUACAUCAAGUCUCGUUGAGGGCAGUCUGACUCCUCGCUCACAGCCGCCUACACCCAGAUCUCAAGCUGCUACGCCUCAUAAGUACAAGAAGGGUGACGUGGUGUCCACGCCUACUGGUAUAAGGAAGAAGUUUAAUGGGAAACAGUGGCGCAGGUUGUGUUCUAAGAACGGGUGCGGCAAGGAAAGUCAGCGGCGGGGAUACUGCUCGCGACACCUCUCACAAGGAGGGGUUAAUAGGUCGUCUAAUACACCGCUCACACAAGGAUCUACACAUACACCGCAGCAGAGAAGCAGCAGUAAGUCGUUAUCAUCAACGGUACGGGCGUGGAGGGAGAUGAAACGUCUCGUGAGUCAGACACCACGCCGCCCAACUACCCGCGUCACGGGCAGGUUUGACCAGGAUGAGACAGAGGCCGCUAACAUGCUAGUGUCUCUCGGUAGUUCUCGUUCCGGCAGCCCGGGCGCGUCUCCAGUGAGCGGGUCGCCGGUGCUCCGCGGCAACGUGUUCGUUCCCAUAUCCUCCCCGCAGCCCCUCCGCCUAACAAUCCCCCCGCACAAGAACUACCAUCACCACCUUAUAAGACCUGAGUCACUACGUCCAGCUAUAGUGAGUCCUCCGGUAGGGGGCGUGGCCACCAGCGUCAUUAGACUCUCCCCCGCCCCCCACACAUCCUUAUCAGAUAAUCGCAACGGACAAAAUAUUCAAUUGAGCCAACCGAAUAUGAUGGGACUACAGACAACGCCAUUCAACAUACAGAGCAGCAUGCCAUCCAACCUGAACGCGCCAACGACGAUACAAUCAUCAUUAAAUUUUCCAAAUAUUAUAAAUAAUCUGAAUCAGAAAUUUCAAACGUACGCCAAUUCAGCGAGACCGACCAAAAUAGAAGAUUCACUACACAACGUAGUAGUUCACCGCAUGCCGAGCAACGGGACGGAUAUAGACUAUAGGAACAAGACGUACCGCAGGAACGGUAUACAGGAGCAAUAUAGACGGGACGCGGACAUGUCGCCGCCUUUGAAUAACUAUGAAAAUUUUCUGAAUAGAAGAGUCUCGGAUUACGAUGAUGAGGACCACUCGGUCCCUCAACCGGACGGCGUCCACUUAGAACUGUCCGAGGCUCGCUUGAUGGACGACAAGAGGGUCGUGAAGACGGCGCCGCUAACGAACAGGUGCAUCUCAUUGGUCGACGAUACUAAGGACACGCUAAGGAAACUGUACGUGAUACCGCAGGGCAGCAUCGAAAAGAAGAUUGUGCUCAUCAAGAACGAACCCGCGGACGUACAGAUAGAACACAAGCAACAGUCUCAGCAAAUGAACAACAACGAUCAAGAAAUAGAGCACCGUAAUAUAGACAACGGAGACACUGGUAACAAUCUCAACAAUAGUGCCGUUAUAGUACAUCCCAAUCAACUACUGCCGGUGUUACCGCCGCCUUCCUCGGCCAUUAUAGUGUCAUCUAGUGGUGUGCCGAGUGUGUUCUCGUGGCAGUCACUGGUGCCGUUAUUAAGAGCGGCGUCUCCACCCACCGUGCCACAUUCGCCACGUACGCCACACACGCCACACACGCCGCACACGCCACACACGCCUCAUACGCCACACACACCACACACGCCACACGUCAAGACAGAGGAUAUCAAGACUGAGAAUGAUGGUACAACAUCGAUGUGCACGGAUGAGGACGAUGAAGUGUUUGAAUGCGAGGAGUCUACCAACAACGACAACAACAGACGGACCAACAACACGAGCUCUAUGAACACACAAACGGCCGGGCAGGAGAAGAAGGAGCGUCGCAUCCGUCGUCCAAUGAACGCGUUCAUGAUAUUCUCCAAGCGUCAUCGACAGAUGGUACAUCAGCUACAUCCCAACCAAGACAACAGAACCGUCAGUAAAAUACUUGGCGAGUGGUGGUACUCACUUAAACCUGAGGAAAAGAAGAAAUACAAUGAACUGGCCAGCGAGGUGAAGGAAGCUCACUUCAAAGCGCAUCCGGAGUGGAAGUGGUGUAAUAAGGAUCGCCGUAAAUCAUCGAGCAGCAGAGAUCCGACUGGCUCUACGCCUCAGAGUCCUCGAACUCCAUCUGAAGGACCAAAUCCCAUGAUGGCCAGUGCGGACAUGUCUGUUAACUCACAGACAUACACACACAUAGGAUCGCCGCAGCUCAGCGAUGACGAACCUAUGCAAAUAAGUCAAACAGUAGAAGAACCUUCGGCGCCUGCGCAGAAUAUAGAGAUAGAUCUCAAGUGUGGCGAGAAAGUUACGGACUCCGACUCAGAAGGGAUCGACACGAGGGAAUAUCUGACGCACCACGACACGAGGCGACCCAAACCUAUUAAAGCUAGGGCGGGGUCGUCUGAUAAUCUGUUGGGUAUAACAGCUUCAAGCCCGGGAGGCUUCAAGGUGUUCCAACCGACGGGAGGAGCUUUUUAA